AAUCCUACUUUUCUCUGUGACUUACCAAAGGAUCACAUAAGGUGUGUACACAUGUACUAACUUUCUGAUAGUUAAGUCAACUUAACUUUUUAAAGUUGACUUAACUGUCAGAGCAUACACACACAUGUGGAGCAGAGUUGACUUAAAUGUGGCGCAAAAUAAUACACCCCUGAGGUGAUUUAUCUUGAGUCGCAUUAGUUAAGUCAACUUAGCUCACAAGAUGACUGCCACAAUGUCAAGGAGUUGUACAUGUGUAUGUGCCAACGUCUCUAAACUUAAGCCAACUUAGUUAAGUCAUCUUAUUUUAAGUCCACUUAGUAUGUAUGUACACAUCCACAGAAAGUCAGUGUCAGAUUGAAAACAGCCCAAAUCUAGGAUGAGGGGAGGGGAGGGGAUCAUACUCCUGAAUUGUGUUACCUUUGUCUUGUUUGCUGUCUCUGAUGUUAACAGGUGUACAGAGCUUUAUGGCAAUCCUCUUGUGUGUCUGUCUGUGGUACAGAUAAUACUGUAUCUGUUCAGGGUCAAAAUCAGAAGAUAAGGGCUUGGUUCCAACUCUUACUGAUGCACGAAGCCUGUCUGGGGCGGUUCAGUGACAGACACCAGAACAAUUAUCUCCUUCUAACAGCUAUAAGAGAAGGGUAUCAUGUGAGCUGCAGUACCAAAAGCGGGGUGGAGGGAGCUGUAGGACCAGGAGGUUGCCUCCAGCAAUAGGCUCAGCUUGGUAGCACAUCUUGGCUCAGAAUUCUCUUGCUGCUGGGCAUGGCCACUGACUGUGAUGCCUUACACAGCUGUGCUAAUAUCACAUAACAUGAAAAGGAAAAAAGACCCGUUUCUGAAGCCCCAUUGAAGUCACUGAAUAAAUGGCUUAGGCUUGGGCCCAAAGUUUGUGUGGCUAGCUGUGAAAGUGAGUCAGGCUAUUACAUGUUGGGAGGAAGAGAGAUUUGAAUCGGGUCAGCUGAAAUUAUUAACCAUGCAGAAACAUGAACUUGCAUGGCCAGGAGUCACUCACUAGAUGUCAUUGGAACUGACUGAAUGCUGGCUAUUUGUUACUAAAAAGUCCAGGGAGAUUUGUGCAAAUCCAGAGGACAGCUGGGUGAAGGAGAGAGUCAGGGAACUUGACCAAAAGAAUGCCCCUCCAACCCUUUCAUCUUCAAAUCCCAUCAGUUUUGUAUCAGCACAAGAAAAGGCAGGCAUAUUUCAGAGAGUUAUUGGAGGUGUCAUGUCCUCUGCAACACAAACCAGUGGCCCAGGCUGUGUCACCAGGCCCAUGGAUUCUCCUAGUCACACAGCUGGCGUAACACUUUCAGAGGCAGUAAAUGUUUCUGCUGUAAGGGCAGAGGGUACAAAUUUUCCCAUAUUGCUUGCACAAGAAGCUAUGGGGCUCUUUACAAAAACUUCCUCUUUGUUUCCAGAUACUAACACUGCUACCUACUCUGAGCCUGCUACAUAUGGCAACAAGGUUUCCAUGAGACUUGUUUCACAUCCAACAUAUGCACCAGACACCAGCCUCAGUGGACUGACUCCAUAUGCUGUGAGAAGGCCUGAGAGUUUUACAGGAUCCACAGAACCUUCUAUAAGUAGAAAAGCUGAUGCGCCAACCAUUGACCCUUACAGAUUUAUUUUACAUUCUACCCUGGUCAUGACAAGAUCUCAGAGCAAUAUAGGAUCUACAGAAGAAUCCACAGGAUCUCCUGCAAGUGCAAUAUCUGAUGUGCCAGGCACUGUUCCCAAUAUAUUUAAUUCUGAUCCUACGUGGAUCAUGAAAGGGUUUGACAGGUUCACAGUAUCAACAGGUAAAUCCACAGGAGCUACAGUAAGUCCAGUAGCUGACAAAUCAGAUGCUAUUCCUAGAAGAUUUACUUCAGAUGCCCCGUCCAUUGAAAGCAGUUCUGGGAGUACCAUGUUCCAGACAACACUUGCCCUACUAAAAUCUGUUCCCAGCAAGCCUGCUGAAGAGUUUACAUUGAUGGGAAGAGUGAUGGAGAGCUACACUCUGACACUUGCAGAUGGUGUGAAAGAAAGUGUUGCUGUCACAGGACUCACUACACACUCCUCCUCUGUUGAAGGAGAAACUAGUUCAUUCAGUAAGAACAGAGGUAAUGUAAGACAGGUUGGUAGUGACUCUGCUUCCAGGGGUGAGGCUAACACCUCUAACCAUUCAUAUCCUGUAGAAAAGGAAGAUUCUUCUCGGUCCAUUCCUGAAUCCAUUUCACCAGCAGACACUUCAGUCUUUAUCAGCACAACAUCCCUAGAAAUGAACCGAGCCAGGAUGCCUCCAGAAAUACCAGAUAUACCAUUGGCAUCUUCGCUCGGCUUUCUGGCUCGAUACCAAACCCUUGUCUACAGUCUGGUUUUCUUGGCAGCUGUUCUGUGUGUUGGCACUGCAGUCGUAUACAUAAAGUCUAUGGCCCUUGGUGGAAAAGUAGCUAAAGAAAUGGUACAAGGCGUGCUUUAUAGUCAGCAAUGCUAUGAAGCUAUUAACUAUUCAGUGGACAUCUGAUUUUUUGAAGGCAUGAACUUUGGCUUCUA